AUGAUUUUAGUUCUAUUUGGGACUGUUCUACAUCAAAUAGCUGCUGUAAUAGAUCAACAUCCGAAUAUUUGGCAAAUUGUAAACAAAGAUGAUCGACUUAAAAUUUUAACUAUGGCGUUAAAAGCUGCUGGUCUCGAAGAAGCAAGUCAACAAGGUACUUUAUUUACUGUAUUUGCUCCAAGUGAUGCAGCUUUUAGAAAGGUACCGACUGAUAUUGCUGAACGUUUAUCAGAUCCUCAAAAUAAGGAUGAACUUGCUAAAUUACUUUCAUAUCAUGCCGUCGGUAAUAGAAACUUGACUUCAAGUGAACUACUCAAAAUGGAUCUACCAGCACGUUUAGAAACGCUAAUCGGCGAUUUUAUUACAGUAACUAAACAAGGUGACCAAAUCAAAAUUAAUAAUGCUACAAUUAUCGAAUCUGAUAUUUUGGCUAGUAAUGGUGUCAUUCAUAUAAUCGAUUCAGUGUUAAUGCCUAUAUAA